CGUUAGAUGGUCAACCCAUAAUUCUGAAGUAAACUGUAGAGAAUAGAUUUUCAUGUCCCCCACACGCACUCUCUUUCUCCAUCUUCACACACUCAAAAAAUCAUAUCAUAAUUAGACUCACACUCUCACUCUCUCUCUCUCUGAGUGCAAAACCACCAUAGCAAAAAAGAAAAAACCACUCUGAAAAUUCUGCACAGUACUUUUACUACAGUAACUACAAUCAUAAAACCAGGCUCAUACAGUAGAGUUGAUGGCUUCAGUUACCAUUGACGGCGUUGCAGACAAACUCAUUCCGUGCCAUAAUUUCUGCCUUCUUUUCGUCUACUACUAGUUUAUUUUGUUUUGUUCAACUAAGAUACAGUUUUUCUCGUCAAAAGCUGCAAAAACUAUGGAUGAUACUGCACCAAAUGUCUAGGUUAUUUUAUCUAGCUCAAAAACAAGAUAAUACUAGCAAUAUUAACCAAGAGAUCUAUAGCAAAGGGUUAGAGAUAUGGCCACAACCACAACCACAACAAGACUUGAACAACUACAGUGUGUUUGGAGUGGCUCAUAAACCCUGUUCGUUUGAUGAGUGUGGAAGAAGAUUCACGAUGAUGAGACGUAAUGGAGGAACAAAUUGUCAAGACUGUGGGAAUCAAGCAAAGAAAGACUGUACACAUCUUAGAUGUAGAACUUGUUGCAAGAGUCGAGGGUUUCAGUGUCAAACGCAUGUCAAGAGUACUUGGGUUCCAGCUUCUAAACGCCGUGAACGACAGCAACAUCUAUCUGUGUUGCAGCAUCAUCAACCGUUUCGUCGUCCAAAUCAUGGAGAGAGCUAUAAACGACAUGGAGACAAUCAAGAUGGUGCAGGUGCAGGUGCAGGUGCUCUUCCAUGUUCUCAACCAACUAUCCCUACCAUAGGGUUUGAGUUGGGACAGUUUCCAGCUGAAGUGAGUUCUGCAUCAGUAACGUUUCGGUGUGUGAGAGUGAGUUCAUUGGACGGUCCAGAUGAGCAGUGUGCGUAUCAAACGGCUGUGAACAUAGGAGGACAUGUUUUCAAAGGAGUUCUCUAUGAUCAAGGUCCUUCUUCUUCUUCUGCAAGUCUUUACACCAAUACUACUACUGCUACACCUAUUGAAGGUUUUUCCAGUGGAGGUCAUCAACCUCAUCAACAACUUGAUUUCUUAACAUCUGCAACCGCGACCACGACCGCGACGACAACCACUAGUAUCUUGUUUGAUCCUUCGCUUUACUCGGCUCCACUACAUGCUUUCAUGGCCGGUACACAAUUUUUUCAUCCACAACAUCCUAAUUAAUGAGGGCAACUCUACCUAUAUAUAAACUUGAAUCAUAUAUACCUGGAACCGUCUCUUGUUCACAAUUUCUCAAUUUUUGUUUGCUAAUUAAGACUUAGGGUUAGUGAUUCUGGUUCUUGUUAUCCUGAUCUUAUGUAUCCAGAAGAAAAUAUGUUAAGAAUUAAAAAAAUGAUUAUGAUUUAUGAGACUAAUGAUUCUGGUUCUGCAUGAAAAUGAAGAAGACAAAGACAAGUGUUUGCAGUGUUAAA